AUGUCUGAGUCCUCUGACACCCCCCAAUCUGCGUCCGGAGCGAUAUCACCGUCCUAUUACUCCGGUUCUAGACCGCCGUCCAAGAAGAGGAGAACCCUUGGCUCGUUUCCAUGCCAACAUUGCGAUAAGGUAUUUACCAGAUCUGAUCAUCUCGCUCGUCACAACUUAAACCAUGAACCCAAGGAAGUGUUUCGUUGUGAUGUUAUACUUGAAGAUAGCAUAGGAAGAAAACGACUUUGUGGAAAGACAUUUGUACGAAAAGACUUGAAAGAACGACAUGCCAAACGUCAUUUGGAGAUGAUGGGAGAAUCCGGCAAGAGAACGUUGCCAUUGCAGAUGCAAUCCACUUCAGCCAUUCUGACUUCUUCUCCAACUCGAACAGAUACUCCAUCUCGCUCACAAUCUUCUUCCAAACGCAAAUCUAACGAAGAAUCCUCAACAAGCCCAGAAUCACCUUCUCAGCCUAACGGUCAUUUUCUCCAGAUAUCCAACUUGAUCAACGAAAACGUGAAAGCCGGUGCUAGUGCUAGUACUGAUGCUAAUGUAAAUGUAAAUACUGAAAACGUACAAGUUGAACCAAGAUCGCGACAGAACAGUAACAGAAUGUCACAUCAUAAUCAGCAUCUUCAAGGACAGAAUCAGAAUCUGCCAGUACUCAUUAACACUAAACGUAAUUCUAUAGAGCAACUCAAUGCUCUGCUUCCUGCCGGUCAGCUUGACUCUUUUAACGGAUAUCAGAACAAUCAGCUUUUGAAUGAUGAACUGAUGUCUCAACAGAAUCUCAGUGAGCUCUAUUCACAAACAGUUUUGAAUUUCAGUAGUAAUAUUCCUCAGACUCAGAACGAUAUCUUGUCGUGGUUGUUCAACGAUUCUCCUACAAAUGUGAUGUCUAAUUCCCCACACGAAUCUGUAACCAAAAGAUUAGGUAGCAAGGAUAAUUUAAUCAGUCUUGCUCAACAGAACCAGAUUCAACAUCAACAGAGAGUUCCUUCCAGUUUUGAAUUUCCUGUCAAUGGAUCCGCUGCUGUGAUUCCUUCGCCUCACGGUGGAUCGCAGUUUUCACCUUUAGGUGAACAGAUUCAAGGGAUGGCUUCGUCUGCUGGUGCACUCAAUAUGAUUCCGCCAAUGGGGAAGCAAAUGAAUACUAGUCCACAGUCUAAUUUCAAUGGCAACAUUCAGGCUAUGAACAACUACGGUUUCCAGGAUCUGAACAUUUUCCUGAACGACGACAACCCCUUAGAUGAGCUCUUUAUUCGGCAAGUGCAACUUGGAGCUAACCCUAAUAACGGAAACAGACUUGUAGAUGGCUCUGCAGGACUUAUUUCUACGCCAGCGUUGCUCAAUCUUAACAUGACUUCUACUGCUUCUUCAAAUUCUCCUACAAACACUAAUGAUUCGGAUCCUACACCCAAAAACUCUGUGGAUUUCAGUCCUGUCAAGUAUCAUGCUGAGAAACAAAAUCUUCCCAAACAUAAGCAUAUCUUUAUUGAUAGUCUUGUCGUAGAUCUGAUUCUCAAAGCCUUGAAAAGUGUUACUAGAGAAGACUUGUCUAGUAUUUACGACAUCGACACUAACAGAUAUACCUUGGAAGAUAGAAUUUCGUAUUACUUGUCUAUGUACUGGCUUGUUUUCCACCCGCAGUUUACGAUUUUGCACAAACCUUCAUUUGACACGAAACUGACAGAACCAUUGUUGUUAGCUUCAAUGAUCAUAGUAGGGUGCCACUAUAGUUCUCCUACAUUAUCCGAAGCAUUGGCAAAGGCUCAUAAAAAGUCUGUAGAAUUUAAGUUCAGUAUGAUGAUUGCUAGUCCUUUGCGAUACAUGAUUUUCCAACAUGAGGAUUUCAAAACUCCAGUAAGACUUUGGGUGUUGCAGAGUUUGAAUAUGCUUGAAUGGGUAGAAAAGAACUUUCUUCUGAGAGGAAUGCAUGAGCGUGCUCAUGUCCAUCAUGGAACUACUGUUCAGCUUUUAAGAAGAUCUCCUUUGUUGGGCGGAAAUCCUGCCAAUGCCAACAAGAAAUCCUCCAGUUCUGCUAGUGGGUCCAAUACUAGUGCUGGAGAAGAAGAUUCAGAUGCUGCUGCUAGUGAAUUAGCUGCUAGCAAGAGUGGCUCAGCCGAUUAUGAUUUGUUCGUAAGAUGGGUGGAAUCUGAAUCAAUGAAGCGAGUAACGUUCUUGACAUUCUACUUAGAUAUAAUUGACUAUAUAAAAUUUCGUCAUAACCCCCAGAUCAACUUCUACCAGUUGCAGUUGUUGAAUUUGCCAUGUGAUGACGAACAUCUCUGGGAGUCGAACGAAGUCAACGGCUCGUUUAGAAGAAUCGUAAAGAGACAGAAAAAGUUGCAACAACAAGCAGAUGCUAAGAGUUCGGGCAAAAAACCCAAAGAACCUACUAAAAUCAGAAAUGGCGACAGUUUCUUGAAUGUCUUGAAGAAAUUGUUGAGACCGUAUAAGCCCAAGGAGUCAAUUUUCAAAAGUAGUGUUUCUAUCUUCACCAGGAAAAUCUUACUAGCUGGUCUAGUUUCGAUUAUGUACCAAAUGCAACAGACGGAUGUGCAAAACAGCUCACCGUUGUUGACCACGAACGGGAUUAUUCAAAACAAUACGCAGAAGACUAAGAUCUGGAAAGAAAUUCUCACCAAAGCAUUCGAUUACUGGCACUUCGAGAUCAUCGAGUCUUAUUCUUCGCAGAUUUUGUCACCUAGUACCUCUUCUAUCUUCAACGAUAUCAGCUCAUCACAAGUUCCAUUCCCGAUGUAUCAUCUCAGUCAAAUCAUUGGGAUGUCUGAUAUCAACCAUUACGAUAUUGCAAUCUUUGGAGGCUCACCCCGCAACAUGAGUGUCAAUGCUACGAUGAAAGAUCACUAUGUAGUACAGCGUAAAUUGACCAACAUGUGGUUGAAAAACUCCCAGCCUAGCAAGCGUACCAUCAACGAGUUGAUCAACUUGAGGAAUGUAAUCCAUUGCUACUUAUUGCUUUGGCAACUUAUGCUUAGACCCAUAGAUGAAGACAGAAUCGAUAUUACACAGACCCAGUAUCUUGACUGGAAUGUGAAUCGUGACUACUUCGACACUAUGUAUGCAGUAAGUAUUGCUACAUUGGUAUUGUGGUGCUAUGCCUUUUCUACUUGUGGUCUUGAAAGUCAGCGGUUUUCGACUGGACAAGUUGCUAACCAACAAGCAAUACGAGCAAUUGGUGGUUAUCAAUACUUAGGAAGAGUCAGACAGGAGUUUAUGACCAAUCUUCACUCCACUUUCUCGCCUCAUGAAAUCCUCACCAAGUACUGUGAUUUGCUCAGUCUCAUCUCCAACAAGCAGAACAUCAGUGGCUUGUGUUUCUUGGUGGGUACCAAGUUAUUGUGUAGUCAAUGGGAGGUGAUCCGGGAGAAUGCCAAGUUAAUCCUCAAUUGUGGAUACAGGUCUAUUGGCAAGAAGAACAUCUUAUGUCCUGAUCUUUUCCAGAAUGAAUUUGACGACUAA